ACGUCCAAGACCCGCUUCGUUUUUCUCGAUUUUCUUUCGCGCCUUUCAUAUUCCCGUAUUCCCGUCUGCGCUUUUCGUUUCUCACGACAGCGUGUCUCUCCGGCCGGGAAUCCAAACCGACUUCCGUUUUGUCAAGCUGUCCGCCGCCACCAGAAGUGCCCGUCCUUCGCCAUGGCGCUGCAGGCGGCUUACAAGCAGUUUCUUGCUGCGCCUAGCUCGUCGGCACUCGCAGAAAACGCGUCGCUGCACUAUGUGACCACCACGUCGAGCUUCGCCGGCGCGACCGAGAUCAUCAAGCACCUGGCCUCGGUGCGCAACAAGAUUAAGAAGCAGAAGGAAGACGCUCUGUUUGCCGUGGAGGACCAGCAUGCGCUCGCCAUUGAACUCGACACCACGCUCGAGUUCGUCAGCAGCGGCGGCCCAUACCUCCCUGGGUUGGACGACAACUUCCUCGCCGACCGCACCGUUCACCUUGCUGUUACACACGUCGUGACGUUCAAUGGCGAAGGCAAGAUCACAGCCAUCCGCCAGAGCUGGGACCAGGGCGCGCUUCUUAAGCAAGUCGAGGUGAUUGGCAGGACCGGCCAGAAUUGGCCCAUUCGCGACAGCAAGGCGCAGAUCAGCCUCAUUGCAAAAUGCGUCGCCGGUGACGGCACUGGCGUCGCUCCUACCGAAGCCCUUCCCACGCGCUCGCGCAGCUCGACCAACGCCAUGCGCGACCCGCAUGCGUCGCUGGACCUGUUUGCGCCGCGCGAUGAGCUCGAGAGCAUUCCCGCAGCAGUCAUCUCGCCCUACGCCGGCCGGAGACCUCGCCAGCGGUCCUUCACCGAGAUUCUGGGCGACGAGCCCGUCGAGGAGCCCGGCUCGCCCAGCAACGGCCGCGAGCGUUCGCAGUCCCCUAGCAAGGCUGUCGCGCCCAAGGUCGGCGCCGGCAAGAACUUCCAGCCGAUGCGCCUCUUUGAUAUGGACGAGAACGACCUUGCCGCCGAGACACACGAGCCGAAGCCGUCCACUGAGCGUCUCAUGCGAGUGGACCCAAAGAAGUACCAGCACUUCGACUUUGACGACGGCUCAGAGACUCCGGCUGCUGCUGCUGCCCCCGCCCCGAAACCAGCGCCGGAUCGGAAGAGCAAACACGAAAGCAACUGGUCGUUUGAGGACUUCGUGACGCCAGUCAAGCCGGUCGCCAGCCGCGGAAUUCACCGCGCUCGCGACGUGCGCCACUGGGGCGCCGACAACGAGGUGCUCGAGAACACGCCCGCGCCGCGGCCGGCCGUGAGCAAGCCGCGCCGCGAUGCCGAGGCUCACUUCGAGCUGGUGGACGACGGCCCGGAGAGCGAGGGGCCGCGCCACGCCGGCCGGCCGCCGCGCGGCGCGCAGCACAACGAGGGCCUGCACCUGUACGACAACCGGCUGCACGUGGAGGAGGGCACGGUGCCGUCGCCGGAGCCGCCGGCGCUGGGCAACAUCACCAACCUCAAGGACCGGGGCCGGGACUUCGAGGCGCACUUCAACUUCACGGACGAGUCGCCCCACCACGCCGGCGCCAACGACCCGCCGCCCAAGGUGUCCGAGGACCGCAAGAAGGCGGUGCGCAUGAUGGAGAGCAACUGGGCCCCCUAUGACGAGUCGCCCGCGUCGCGCAAGGAGAACGACGACCCCAACCACCACCCCAAGCGCGCCGCCGACGACCACCGCGGCAUCGCCAUCGCCGGCGACGGCAUGGGCGGCAAGAAGGGCUCCGCCCGCGGCUGGCUUGCCGGCGACGCCGACGACGCCGACCAGCUGCCUGUCCCCGCCAGGAAGGGCGGCCGCGGGCCCCCGGCCAAGUCCGAUAACUUCUGGGACUUUUAAAAGAGGGCGGAGACAACACUUGUCCGCCUGCCUGCCUGGGUGGGCACGC